UGUGAUGCCGCCUAUUAUGGUCGAUUACAUAGAGAUAGAAUUAGAGAUAAGGAAGUUGGAAAGUUUGUUAGGUCUUACAAGCUCCUUCUAGCUUCUUCUUCUUAGAGAGAGAGAGAAAAUUAAAGAAAAAAGAAAAAAGAUAGAGAGAGUAAGAAAAUUAAUUAUAAUGGGGCGAAGGAAGCUGGAAAUGAAGCGGAUCGAAGACAAGAGCAGCCGACAAGUCACGUUUUCAAAACGGAGAUCAGGUCUGUUCAAAAAAGCACACCAUCUUUCCCUUCUCUGCGAGGUUGACAUCGCCGUCAUCGUUUUCUCCGCCCGUGGCAAGCUCUACGAGUUCUCCACCGCUGCUUCUUCUUCUUCUAAUAAUAGUGUGGAGCAAAUCCUUUCUAGGUAUCAGAAAAGCUGCCUUGAAGCGCAAGAGAGGACAGUUAGAACAGCUGACAAAGAUUUAUAUAAAGAAUUCCGAACCUGUAAAGAGCUUCUACAAAUAGUGGACAGGCUCGUUGAGGAGAAUAAUACUGAGGAGCUGUCUGUGGAUUACAUGACGCAACUAGAACUAGAACUUGAUGACGCUCUUGUUCAAACACGAUUGAGAAAGACACAUUUGAUGAUGGAAUAUAUAUCAACCCUCCAAGAAAAGCAAAAGAAGUUGAUAGAAGGAAAGGAAGAAAUGGAGAAGCAAGUUGCAUCAGCAAGGCAGCAGCAGCACAAGGAGAAUGAUGGUGGUGGAGGUCUAAACGACCUUGCAACGAACCAGAUGAAUUCACCACAACUUUUUACUACACUUCAACUUUUUGAUGGCUAGGCUAGCUAAACUAAUAAAUAAAUAAAUCGGUUGACACAAUCUGUAACUUGCAAGUCACAUCUUCUUUACAGUGGGUUACUCAAUUAAGCUUCAAAGAAGCCAAUAUUCCCAUUGAAAGACAUUGAUUGGGUUCUCAGAUCUUAAAUUGAGAUCUUAAAUUGAUUUAUUACAUCAUUUGUUUCAACUUAUACACAAGCUGUGCUAUUUGAUGUACUUAAUAUGUAUAUUUUCUAAAAUACAAUUAUUUGAAUCAUUCUAUACAUAUGAAGCUUAUUUUAUACUCGUA